AAUAACUUUGUGGUAUACGGAUCAUUUUUUGGUGCAUACCUUUCCCUUAAGGCACCACUGAAAUCUUCGCUGUGAUCUUAUAAAAACCGAACCAAGUUUUUUUUAAUAAGAAAAAGGAAGACGGAAAAACCCAGCUGAGAACACUUCCAACUCGCAUAAGAAACGAGAGAAGGAGAAGCGAUGAACUGGUUUAGACGAGAAGUGCUUAUGCAGCUUUUGCUGUUAGUAUUUGUAUUAUCAUCAACAUCAACAACACCAAUCGCAGCUCAGGCGAAGCCUGGUUGCCCAGACAGCUGCGGCAACCUCACCAUCCCAUACCCAUUUGGAACCAAGGAAGGUUGUUAUCUCAACGACGAUUUCUUCAUAAACUGUACAGACUCCAACAAGGCCUUCCUCGCCGACACUAAUAUACCAAUCAUAAACAUUUCCCUAGACGGCCAUCUUCGUGUCUCCGUCCGGACAUCCUACGACUGCUACGACAACUUCGGUAACCUAACUGAUUGGUACGAUAACUACCUCGUUUCUCCCGGUCGGUUCCUCGUUUCCUCCAGCAGAAACAUGUUCACCGUCGUAGGUUGCGACACUUACGCAUAUCUGACAACUGAGGUGGGGAAGAAAUAUGAAACGGGUUGCAUGUCGAAAUGCUUUGCAAUGGAAGAUGUGGUGAAUGGGUCUUGCACUGGUAUUGGCUGCUGCCAAAUUUUUAUACGAAAAGGCCUGAAAGGUUAUAGUGCAGCUACUUAUAGCUUUGAUGGCCAUAAAAAUGUGACAGAUUUCAAUCCUUGCGGAUAUGCUUUCGUGGUUGAAGAUGGCUACUUUAACUUCUCCUCCCUGGAUCUGCAAGACAAUCACGGGGAGUACCCUGUGGUGCUUGACUGGUCAACUGGAAACUUCACAUGCGAGGUGGCGAAAGAAAAUAAUGAAUCAUAUGCAUGUAGGGAGAAUAGCUUUUGCUUUGACUCAGAUAACGGGCCUGGAUAUGGCUGUAAAUGUUCAAUUGGUUACGAAGGGAAUCCUUACCUCCCAAAUGGAUGCAUAGAUGUUGACGAGUGCAAUGAGGAUAGUCUCAAUCAAUGUAGUAAAUCAGAAUACUGUCACAACAUAGAAGGAAACUAUACGUGUAUCUGCCCGAAAGGUUAUCAUGGAGAUGGUAGAAAAGAUGGAAAUGGUUGCAUUGCAAAUCAACCAAUAUGGGCAAAGAUUAUGCUUGGAACCAGCACUGGUCUAUUACUUCUGUGUUUCGGAGCUUCUUGGUUAUAUUGGGGAUUUAGACAUCGAAGACUUAUUAAAAUGAGAGAAAAUUUUUUUGAACAAAAUGGUGGUAUCUUGUUGAAGAAAGAACUCUCAAAUGAAGAAGGGAAGAAUGGAAAAACAAGAAUAUUUAGUGAAGAAGAACUCAAAAGAGCUACUAACAAUUACCAUGAAAGUAGAAUCCUAGGUCGAGGAGGUCAAGGUACAGUUUAUAAAGGAAUACUUAGGGAUAAUCGAGUAGUUGCAAUCAAAAAAGCAAAAAUUGGAGAUAAUAGUCAAGUAGAACAAUUCAUCAACGAAGUUAUAGUAUUAUCUCAAGUCAAUCAUAGAAACGUGGUCAAACUCGUAGGAUGUUGUUUGGAGACAGAAAUUCCUUUGUUAGUUUAUGAAUUUGUCACAAAUGGUACCCUUUUCGAUCAUCUGCACAAGAACGAAAGUCUUGCAUCUAAACUUUUGUCUUCAUGGGAGACUCGUUUAAGAAUAAUUAUAGACACUGCAAAUGCACUUUCCUAUUUACAUUCUGAUAUUUCUAUUCCAAUUGUUCACCGUGAUAUCAAAACCACAAAUAUACUUUUAGAUGAUUUGUAUACUGCAAAAGUGUCUGAUUUUGGAGCUUCAAGGAUGAUCCCAGCAGACAGAGAACAACUAACAACACUAGUUCAAGGUACACUUGGGUACUUAGAUCCUGAAUAUUUCAAUACAAGCCAGUUGACUGAAAAAAGUGAUGUUUAUAGUUUUGGGGUUGUCCUCUUAGAGAUUCUUACCGGAAAGAAAGCUAUUUCUUUUGAAAAAUCUGAGAUGGAAAGAAAUCUUGUUAAUUACUCAAUUUCUUGCAUGAAAGAGGAUCGUAUUGAUGAAAUUUUCGAUCGCGGCGUGUUAAAUGAGACGAAUGUUGAACAACUUAAGAAAGUUGCCCAAUUAGCAGUACAAUGUGUGAGAGUUAAGGGUGAAGAAAGACCCACAAUGAAGGAAGUAGCCCUGGAAUUACAAGGAUUAAGAGCCAUGCGUAAGCAUCCAUGGGUUUCACAUGGAAGUGAUUUAGACUUUGAAGAGGGUGAAUCCUUGCUUGCUCAGAAAUCUUACAAUUAUGGCAAUGAUAUAUAUAAUACUAAUAGCACAUCGGAUUAUCGAAGCAUGAAGAAGGAGAUCAGUUUGGAGAUCGAAAAUGGAAGAUGA